AUGCCUUCACGAUCCGUUCUAUCCUCGGCUGUCGCGCUGUUGGCGUCCGUCAGCCUCUUUGGCAAUGCCGUCGCUCAGGUGCAGUCCGACUGCAACCCAAUGAAAAAGGACUGCCCUCCGAACCCCGCCUUCGGAAUCGCGCACAACUUUGUCUUCAACAAGUCCCAGCCCGCCUGGGACACGACCGUCGGACCCGUUACGUAUGACAACGAGAACGGUGCAACCUUCACAAUCACCAAGCAGGGCGAGUCUCCGACCAUCCGCACGCAACAAUACUUCUUCUUUGGCCGCGUUGAGAUCAUAAUGAAGGCCUCGCCCGGCAGGGGUAUCAUCAGCUCCGUCAUGUUGCUAAGCGACAACCUCGACGAGAUUGACUGGGAGUUCCUCGGCAUCAACAACACCAUGGCCCUCACCAACUACUUUGGCAAGGGCAGCGAGGAUUUCACAAACGGCAAGGAGAUCGUGGUUCCCGGCGGCCCUGUCCAGAACGAUUUCCACAACUACACAAUCGACUGGACCAAGGAUAGGCUGCAGUGGAUGAUCGAUGGAAACGUUGUGCGCACCCUUGCGCGUGGGGAUGCGAAGAACGGCGAGAGGUACCCUCAGACACCUUGCCGCCUCUCGUUGGGGAUCUGGGCUGGUAGCGACCCUCGCCUUGCCCAAGGCACCCGUGACUGGGCUGGUGGCGAUACCGACUUCAGCAAGGGUCCUUUCAGCAUGCACGUUAAGAGCACCUACAUCAAGGAUUACAGCAGCGGGAAAGAAUACGUCUUCUCCGACAGGAGCGGAAGCUACGAAAGCAUCAAGAUCGUCGAGGGUGAAUCGCCUGCCAACAAGACCAUCACCGAGGCGUUGGCCGUUUCGCCAAGCAUCAGUGAGCGCUGGGCCAGCCUGUCUAAUGGUGCCAGGACGGGUAUCUACAUUGGCGCCGCAUCCUUCGUUGCCAUCAUCGCGGGCGUCUUCCUCUGGUACUUCCUGAAGCAGCGCAGGCGAGGCAAGGAGGAGGCCCGUCUCGCUGCCGAGCGUGAGAAGCGCGAGCAGAUGGAGCUGAACCAGUUCCAGGCCGCCGGCAUCGACCCCGACAGCUUCACCGUCCAGCACGCCGAUGGCAACCCGAACCCGUUUGCCACCCCGGCCCAGUCGAUCCACGAGAAGCAGCGCAUGCAGGGCAAUGUUGCUGCGGCCGGCGGCGUCACAUCUCCCCUCCUCCGCGACGACUCUCACGCCCCGCACACCCCCGCCAUGAACGACGGUCGACAGCAGCAGUACUUUGACCAGUCCCCCGAGUCUGGCGCCAUGCGAUCGCCCUCCGGCUCUCCUGCAGGAUAUGCCACAGGACCCGGCGGCCCUCCCAGGGGCCCUCCUAGCCCCGCUCUCGGCUCGCCGGUCGGCUACCCUCACCCUGACCGCUCUGCCACGGCUCCAGUCAACAGAAUGAACAGCCCAGGGCCGAUGAAUGGACCACAGAGGAGCUUGACCAACGACAGCUACAGGGGGCCAGGUGGCUAUCCGCAGCAAGGAAACAACGGCUGGAGGUAG